AUGAGUAUUUCUGACUUCUCUCCUGUUCAAAUGCACAGAUAUCGAUUUCUUCGGCGUGGAUUUCAGAGAUAUAUCCGAUUCCUUGUGAGUUUUCAGGCCUUGCUUCUGAUUUGAGAUGAAUCAAGAAUCUACGAAAAUAAUUUUGUAAGCCCCCUAUUUUCCAGCGUCAAUACCCAGAACUCGAUAAUUAUCUCGAUAUGGGAAACUCUCUUGAACGUCUUCAAAAUCAUCUUGCAACAAUGGAUAGAGUUUUCAGAACUAACUCUGUUCACUUCUUCGAUGUAUGUUUUCUAAAUUCUAUUUCAGGUUUUAAAAUAAAAACCAUUUUCAGAUUAUCUUCAAUGUCUACGCUGAACUUCUCGAAUAUGUUCGUCUCAACCAUAUCAUGACUCAUAUGAUCAUUUUGAUGCGCGAGUUUGAUGACGUUGAAGAGGAGGAAGAAGAGGAGAACUGA